AUGGGAGCAGGAGCGAGCGCUGAGGAGAAGCACUCCCGAGAGCUGGAGAAGAAGCUGAAGGAGGAUGCAGACAUAGAUGCCAGGACCGUCAAGCUGCUACUGCUAGGUGCCGGAGAGUCUGGGAAAAGCACCAUCGUCAAACAGAUGAAAAUUAUCCACAAAGAUGGUUACUCCCUUGAGGAGUGUAUGGAGUUCGUCGUCAUCAUCUACAGCAACACCCUCCAGUCCAUCAUGGCCGUCGUGAAGGCCAUGACUACACUCAACAUUAACUUUGGUCACCAGGAUCAGCAGGACGAUGCCAGGAAGCUCAUGCAUCUCGCUGACACCAUCGAAGAGGGCUCCAUGCCCAAGGAGAUGGCGGACAUCAUCAUUCGCCUGUGGAAUGACUCGGGCAUCCAGGCCAGCUUCGAUAGGGCCUCGGAGUACCAGCUCAACGACUCUGCUGGAUACUAUCUGAAUGACCUGGAGAGGCUGGUUCAGCCCGGCUACAUUCCCACGGAGCAGGACGUGCUGCGCUCCCGAGUGAAAACCACCGGUAUCAUCGAGACCACGUUCUCCCAUAAAGAUCUUCAUUUCAGAAUGUUCGAUGUGGGUGGUCAGCGGUCUGAGAGGAAGAAGUGGAUCCAUUGCUUCGAAGGUGUGACCUGUAUCAUCUUCAUCGCUGCUUUGAGUGCUUAUGACAUGGUGCUCGUGGAGGACGAUGAAGUGAACCGAAUGCACGAGAGUUUGCACUUGUUCAACAGUAUCUGCAACCAUCGCUACUUCAUCGCUACUUCACUCAUUCUCUUCCUCAACAAGAAAGAUGUCUUCAUUGAGAAGAUCAAGAAAGCUCACCUGAACAUGUGCUUCCCUGAAUAUGAUGGUCCCAACACGUACGAAGACGCCGGUCUCUACAUCAAAAUGCAGUUUCUGGAUCUCAACCUGCGUAAAGAUAUCAAAGAAAUCUACUCGCACAUGACCUGUGCAACAGACACAGAGAACGUCAAGUUUGUGUUCGAUGCCGUCACCGACAUCAUCAUCAAGGAGAACCUGAAAGACUGCGGCCUCUUCUAA